AACCAGUUCCCAGACGGACCAGAUGACUUUGAGUCUGCCGGAAUGAAGCUCGUACCACCAGAUGGAGUACGGAGAUAUGUAACGAUGUCGUGUGAACUUUGUUCCUGGUUUUGUCGUGAGCAUGAUGAAUUCAAAAACUUGAUGAUCAUCUCUGGAGACAACAUGGAUUUUCGUUCAACCCUCCAGAUGUUGAAACAGAGACGUCCCGUCAACAUUCUCUUAGCUCAUCCUGAGAACGCACCAAGACGGUGUCCCAAGUGCAGGAAGCCUUUGGAAGAUGUUGUCGCUGAAAGUGGUGAAUGGUUUUGGGAAAGUUUAGCAGCUGGAGGAGACUCUAUCGCUAAAACCAAAAGUGAAGAGCUUCUUGGUAACACGGAUUAUUCUUGA